AUGUUAAAGAUAGGUCUAAUUAGUAGACUGAAGCCUUCUUUGAUCACCUUGAAUUUGCGGUAUGAUAAUUGUGCAUUUUCAGCUGGUUCUGGGUUAAGUUUGAGAAAUUUUUCAACAGCAUAUAUAAUAAGAGAACCUCAGAUAACUAUUUCUUAUCAACAGUAUCUAGCUAGAAGAAAUAUGUCUACGAAGCGGGAUUCAGAUGCACCAAGCCAUUCACAUGGUACAAUAGAUGGAGAAUCUAAACAUAAACACGGUGAUGAACAUAGCCAUGAGCACAGCUUGCUUGGACAUUCACAUUCCCAUUCACGUCAUCAACCGAAUGAGUUCCUUUCAGUAAAUACAGAUACAAUUAAGCAUAAUCCGGCGGUUCGUAUCACAUGGAUUGGGUUAUUGGUGAAUGUAGCAAUGGCUGUAUCUAAAGGGAUUGGUGGUGUUUAUUUUCACUCCCAGUCGUUAAUUGCAGAUGCUAUUCAUUCGAUUUCUGAUAUGUUUGCUGAUUUUUUGACGUUGGCCACAGUCAAUGUAGCCCAGAAGGUUGGGUCGCCUACUCAUUACCCCUUGGGAUAUGGUAAAAUUGAAACUAUCGGUUCAGUGUUAGUUAGUGGAGUUCUAUUAUUUGCGGGUGUUUCAGUGGGCUGGUCUUCAUUGCUACAAGUUUUUGAAUUUGCAUUGCCAGCUUACAUGUUUGAAUAUGUCUCCAUGAUCCAAAUUGGCCAUUCUCAUUCGCAUGCUGGAUUGGGAGGUGGUGAAGUCGGUGGUCAUAGUCAUAGCCAUGUGAGCGAUGGAGCACCAGAUUCAUCUAUAGUGGCUACUUCUAGACCGAUCCCUAACAUCAAUGCUGCUUGGUUAGCUGGUGGUUCUAUUAUUGUUAAAGAGAUGCUUUAUCGUAAGACCAUGCAAAUUGCUGUUGAAACCAAUUCUAAGGUCCUUGUUGCCAAUGCUUGGCAUCAUAGAGUUGAUUCUUUGACUGCGGUAGUCGCAUUAUUGACUGUAGCUGGUGGUAAUAUAUUUAAUGUUGCAUGGUUAGAUUCAAUUGGUGGUUUAUGUGUUUCAGUGUUGAUUAUCAAAGCAGGCUGGGAUAGUUUCAAAACUUCUAUCGUUGAAUUGAUUGAUAAGGGAGAGAAUGCUGAGAGUGAAGUAUUCUCUAAGGUUCACGAUAUCGUAACAGACGAAAUUAAAGAUGUUGCUAACAAUGAAUUCAAGAUCGAAAAAUUGUCAGUCUUAAACUCUGGAGCAAUUACUAAUGUUUAUAUGACCCUUUCAACAUCAAAAGAGUUUCGCCUUAAAGAGCUCAAUCAAAUAGAAUCGAACUUGGUGACAGCCAUUAAAGCAGACUAUGAAUUUGUCAGAAAUAUUUUUAUUUUAUUUAAAGAUUCCGAACAACAGAAGAUCUCUCAGGAUCGUUCUACGGAACACUCCCAUGAACACAAUAAAUAG